AAAUUCCCUUUGACCUUUAACCUUGUCAUCGAAACUGUAGAAUCUGUAAACAUCAUGAGUAGAUUUCAAAUCUGUGAAAGUAUGUAAGAAAAUAAACGUCCUUGUGCAAUUCCUGAGGGCUAUUGUCUUCUUGUAUGUGUAAUUUUUGAUGAAACGUUAAAGUUACAGGAUCGUGACAGAAGGCAGAAUGAAGGUCCUUUUGUUAAAAGAUCCCAAGGAUGGAGACAGCGGUCCAGACCCAUAUAUUAAGGAAUUAGAGUCUCGGGGGCACACAGCUACUUUGAUCCCGGCCUUGUCUUUUGAAUUUGUAUCUCUCAACAUAUUUUUAGAAAAGCUUUCACACCCUGAGAAAUAUAAUGGUUUAAUUUUUACAAGUCCGAGAGCAGUUGAAGCUGUACAACUCAGUUUAAAAGAAAAUGAUUUCAGAAAAGAAUGGAUUGAAAAUCUAAAGGAACAGUGGAACACAAAAAGCAUAUAUGUUGUAGGAAAAGCAACAGCAACUCUGGUUGGAGAGCUAGGUUUGACUCCACAAGGUGAAGAUACAGGGAAUGCAGAGACUCUUUCCAAGUAUAUCUGCAAAAAAAAAGGAAGUAUUUUGCUCCCUCUUCUUUUCCCAUGUGGAUCAUUAAAAAGAGAAGUUCUGCCAAAAGCAUUGAAAGAAAAUGGUAUCCCUUUGGAAAGUGUUACUGUUUAUCAGACCACCCAACAUCCUGAUCUGCAGAAAGAAAUGAAAAAUUUUUUCUCUAAGCAGGGUAUACCAGCAGUGAUUGCAUUUUUCAGCCCUUCUGGGGUUAAGUUUUGUCUAAAACAUCUUCAGGGAUUAUAUCCAAAUUUCACUGACCAGAUAAAGUUUGCAGCAAUUGGACCAACCACGGCUGAUGCCCUAAAAGCAGAAGGUUUAACAGUCAGUUGCACAGCUAAAAGGCCCACAGCACAGGACCUGGCAGAUGGGAUUUCAGACAUUCUUCAAUAAAUUGGGGAUGUAGUGCAGUAAUUCAGUUUUGGUAAAGAGAAAUCUAGCAUUUCUGAAAGAAAAUGUAAAGAUAGAAUCACUUGUAAAAUCAGGAAUUAUAUAAACUCAGACAAUAGUUAUAUUAAGUAGAUGUUUUCAAAUUUCUGUAAAAAAUAUAUUAGUGUUGUAUGAAUUACUAUAUUAAAUAUUCAUUUCUAUA